AGUCAGACAAAGGUAGUCUUGUGGUUUCUAAGAAUCGAGAGCAUCGCUUGGGUGUAUACAAGCUCGUAAGACGGACAUGUAUCGGGUCCGUCUCGCCAUCUACAUAGCGACUGUACCUGGUUGCUGCGAUCGUACCACACCUUACUGCUCGCUUGGCAAUUUGCGCGGAAAUAAUCAGUAUGUCUGCAUGCCGGGACCUGCAGUCACAGAGUUGGUACGGAACGACAUGGGUGUAUAUGUUAACGCAGGGAUCUUUGUUGAACGGUAAAGGGAAGGCCGAGGCGAAGGAUCACGGCGCAGCCCAACAGGGCGUUUACCUGCCUUCCUAUACAAUGCAAAUUCGCAGCUCAUGGGAGCUAGUAUCGUGUUGUGCCGCAAGAGAAAUAAUGCGGCCUGCAUGCGAGGACGUUGCACUAGGUUUCUCGACGGCCAUUACGUUAUGCUUGGGAUUCUUCUUCUUCGUUGCUACAGCGUUUUGUAGAAUUUCUGAAUCCGAACGGGGCUGCUUCUUUUGCUUCUUUGAAUUUAUCAUGGGAUGGCUGGAUAGUGUGAAACUGAUCUCGCGUCGCGAUCAUGUCGCGCUUUCGCGGCUACGCUCACCUCUUCUUCAAAGCAGCCUCAGAUUCUGCAGGCUUUCUUCAGCGAUUGUGUUCGCUACCGCUUAUUUUCCGUGAGUGUUGAGACAAAUAUCAGACGGGAAGACGUUCGGCCGUUGAUGCAAUGAGGAUCGAGACGGUUUAGU